AAUAACCAAAACCCAACUGACCUAUUCUCAUCUCUCUAUAUAUCCCUUUCUUAAAUUGACUAAAUUCCCAAACUGGAUUUUGAAAAAAAUGGUUUCAUCUUCCUCCUCACUACAAUUAUUGAAGCACGAGCUUCCAGUUCACCAAGAUUCUUUUCAUCUCACCGGCGAUGUCAAAACCGGUCUCGUUCUCGUCGACCUGGUUAAUGGCUUCUGCACCGUCGGCGCCGGAAACUUGGCUCCGACACAGCCGGACAAGCAAAUUUCAACAAUGGUUGAAGAAUCAGUAAAGCUUGCCAGAAUUUUCUGCGACAACAAAUGGCCGGUUUUUGCUUUUCUUGAUUCUCAUCAUCCUGAUAUUCCCGAAAUCCCUUACCCUCGUCACUGUAUUGCCGGAACCGAUGAGGCUAAUCUUGUUCCCGAAUUACAGUGGCUGGAGAAUGAAGAUAAUGUGACUCUCCGGCGAAAGGAUUGCCUUGACGGGUUUCUUGGUUCAAUUCAGGAAGAUGGUUCCAAUUUGUUUGUGGAUUGGGUUAAAAACAAUCAGAUCAAAAUUGUAUUGGUGGUAGGGAUAUGCACGGAUCUGUGCGUGUUGGAUCUUAUUGGUUCGGCUUUAUCUGCUAGAAAUCGUGGUAUGCUUCUUCCGCUCGAGGAUGUGAUCGUGUAUUCUCGAGCCUGUGCAACUUUUGAUCUUCCGGUUCAUGUUGCCAGAACUCUCAAAAAUGCGAUUCCGCAUCCACAGGAGCUGAUGCAUCACAUAGGGCUUUACAUGGCCACAGCAAGAGGAGCCAAAGUAGUAUCAGAAGUCUCAUUUAGUACAGUGAAAAGACUGUGAUCGUCACCCAUCGUCAAAUCUCUGCUGCCGGUGUUAGACUUUGUCCUAUAGCUAUCGGACCGUAUUGAACCUUUUAAAUAGAUGUUAAGCAAAUUUUCUAUUAGCUAAUUUAUGUAAAUGAUUGCAUCACUUGUAAAAUGCGAGCUGAAUUAUCAAAAGUUAUUCUGACUGCAUAUGUUCAGGAUAAUGAGAAGUAUAUAAUUAUAUUUAGAUUUUCAUUUGCUCUGUAAA